AUGGCUAGCCCUUGGGCACAGCACCCUCUCAAACCGUCUACCCCGAACAAGGAUGAUCUUGCUCGUCUCUCAAACCGGUUGAAAGUCGCUCCCGGGAAACAUACGGCCUAUGUUGCUCUCGGCAGCAACCUGGGAGAUCGCAUUGGUAUGAUUGAGAAAGCGUGCAAUGAAAUGGCAGCGAGAGGGAUUACGAUCAAGAGGACUAGUUGUCUGUGGGAAACGGAGCCGAUGUAUGUUUUGGACCAGGAGAACUUUAUCAAUGGAGCUUGCGAGAUUGAGACUACGCUGGAGCCAUUGGCCCUCUUGGAUGAACUGCAGAGUAUAGAAAAAUCCAUGGGCCGCAAGAAAAUCAUAGACAAAGGACCCCGCAAUAUCGACCUGGAUAUCCUUCUCUAUGAUGAUCUAGUUCUCAAUCACGAGAGACUCCAAAUCCCUCACCCGCUGAUGUACGAACGUGAAUUUGUCCUUAGGCCUCUUGCAGAGCUCAUUCCAGGGAAGACAUUGGAUCCAGCAGCUCCUUGGAAGGUUACUCAAGACUACCUGAACGCACUUCCUCUGUCUGCACCAUUAUCUACUAUUACUCCGUUGGGACGCUCCACAGAACCCAUUAGAGCUUUGCAACCCAGUCGCAAAACUCACGUGAUGCGUAUCGUGAACGUGACUCCCGAUUCUUUCUCGGAUGGAGGGACCUAUUUCAAACAGUCGGAUGCUUCUAGCUCUGAGAUUAAAUAUGAGCCUGACAACAUUUCUGGAUUCUCAAUUGUCGAUGUCGGUGGACAGACCAGUGCUCCAGGCGCUAAGGAUAUCUCCAGUGAAGAAGAGAUCUCUCGAAUAUGCCCCUUUAUUGAAGGGACGAAAGCGUUCUAUGAUCGCGAAAAGAUAGCAAUAAGUGUGGAUACCUAUCGGGCAUCCGUCGCUGAAGCUGCUGUCAAAGCAGGCGCCGACAUCAUCAACGACAUCUCCGCUGGUGAGCUCGACCCAGAGAUGCUUCCCACAAUGGCGCGUCUGGGGAAGACGGUCUGCCUCAUGCACAUGCGAGGCACGCCGGCCACAAUGAACAGCUUAACCGAUUAUUCACCUGAUGGUCUCAUCCCCACCAUAGCCAAAGAACUCCUCGCUCGCGUAGAAGCCGCGGAAGCCGCUGGGAUACGACGUUGGCGCAUCAUCCUGGACCCCGGAAUCGGGUUUGCCAAAACGGCAGACCAGAACCUAGAGAUAUUGAGGAGGUUGGAUGAGUUAAGAGAUUGGCCGGGAUUGAGAGGUCUACCUUGGUUGGUAGGGUCCAGCAGGAAAGGUUUCGUGGGGAAGAUCACGAAUGUGACGGAGCCAAGGGAUAGGAUUUGGGGGACGGCCGCCACGGUCGCGGCUGCGGUCCAAGGUGGCGCGGAUAUUGUAAGGGUUCACGAUGUGGAGGAAAUGGCACAAGUGGCUAAGAUGUCGGACGCCAUCUGGCGUUCGUAG